GUAUGCCCUGCACGUGCGCCCUCUUCCGGUCAACAUGACACGAGAGGACCAUAGUGGCAGACGCCUCGCGCGGGCGGAAGCCUUGGCUCGCCACUACGGACACAAACACGGAGUCUUCUACGUGGACGCCUCCGGCCCGUACCAUGGGGGUUGGUACACGGCCGCAGUCGUCCACCAAAACACAGCAGUAAACGGACUCACUUUCCGUGCACACAACAUUACACACGCGGAGGUGGUUGCCAUCGCGCUAGCCGCCGCAGAUCAACACUCGCGGGUCAUCAUCACCGACUCGAGGGGUGCUUGCCGCAAUAUUGAGCAGGGGCACAUACCGUACCUCGCCUACAAAAUUUUGCAAAACAGCGACUAUCUCGGUGCCCCCUCGCACCGUACGAUUAUCUGGACUCCCGCUCACACGGGCCUCGAAGGAAACGAGACGGCCGAUGCCGUCGCCCGCGCGCUCACUUUCCGGGCAUCACCUUCGUCCCCCACCGAUCCGGACUCCGAACCCAAUCCCGCCUAUACUUUCAAAGAGAUCGUUCAGCUCUACCAAUCUGGCCAUGCCAUCUAUCCCAAGCCCUGUAAGGGCCUCACAAAGGCGGAGGAGCGAAUUCUCCUUCGCCUUUAUACCAAAACUCUGCUGUGCCCGGCAGCCUUAAAAUAUUUUGACCCCGCUUGCACGGGGGAGUGCCCGCACUGUGGGGAAAAGUCCUCAGACAUUUUUCACAUGGUAUGGGCAUGUCAAAAAACCCCAAAUCUAACCCCCCUACCCAACCCUUCCCGGGAGGCAGCCCUGCUCGGCUGCUCUGACCUGACGGCCCAACGGGCCUUGGUCGAGCGGGCCCGGGCGGCGGCCGACGCCAAUGGGCUCCCGUAAGGGGGAGCCCACCUAGUGUUGAUGCAAAACCUAUCUAAAUAAAUG